AUGUUACACUCAGAUUAUACAAAUCCAAUUGAUGCUUCUGGUUUAGAUCUUAGAGGAUCAUUUGUUGGUGUGGUAAGAGAAACUUUUGAAGAAAUUUUGGAAUUGUAUGAAAAACAUGCUGCUAUACUGGGGUUUUCAAUAAGAAAACAUACAACUAGAUUCAAACAACACACAAAAAUAGUAACUGAGAAAAACUAUGUGUGUUCUGCUGAGGGAAAGAGACAUUCAGGUCAGAAGAAAACAAAGUUAGUUGAAAUGGUUGAUGAAGAGGAUGUAAAUGUAAAAACAAGAAAUCCAAGACAAGUAUCCAUUACAAGAUCGAAUUGCAAGGCAUGCAUAAGAGCAAAAGUGAAUAAAGAAGGACAGUUUGAGGUGGUGGCUCAUGUUAUUCAGCAUAACCACGAGCUAAAAAAAGCCACAGUGGCAUUAUUUGCAUCGUUCUGA